GACGUCAAGAGUAUAAAUUAUUGCGCAAGUCUCUGAGGGUUGUGGUCAACAAAAACAACAUACUUCCUGUCGAGAGGUCGACAAACAUCUCUCUACUACUACUACAUGGCUCUACUACUUUCAUUCUUCUUGUUUUCUCGCCAGCACCAUUGCUCGAACUCGAAGACAGGUGACGCUCGUACUCUGACAAGUCAGACGCACAGUGACUAAAGUGUGUGGAAAUUGUAAAUAGCAGACAGCUUCCACCAUGAGCACCAUAUGUGUUGUCAAGGUUAUCGUCGGUAUCGUCAACAUCGUCCUUUUUAUGGCGGGAAUGACGAUGUUCGUGAUUGGUCUCGUGAUCCUGACGGAGCCGACAUUCUCGCAGACAGCAUUGCCUCGGUGAAGAGUGGGCUGGAGGAAGCAGCCAAGCGGGCGGGCAUCACCUUGGUAACAAGCAGCUUCAGCGUCGCCUCCAUUGCCUUCUGCUUUAGUGUCGCGCUCAUCAUCUUCGGCAUCUUUCUGGCCGUCGUCUCUGUCCUCGGGUUCAUCGGCGUCUCCUGCGGAUUCAAGUCUGCCCUAGUGGUGCAUUUAAUCCUCACGCUCAUCUUGUUCCUCGCACAGCUCGUACUCGUCCUCAUCGCCGUCAUCAACCCCAGUGUGUUUGACGAUGCUGUCAAGCCUCAUUUGAAACAAACGAUCACUGAAAACUACUCAGGCAUGAACAGCUCCGACUCCACCACCCAGAUUUGGAACGGUGUGAUGAUUAAGCUGAGUGCUGUGGUGUCGACAACUACAACGACUUCUACUCGUCUUCCAAGUGGCCGCGGAAGCUGGGUAACACCAGCAACUUCACCACUCCUCUGGCCUGCUGCAAAACUAUCAACACUGAUUAUACCUGUGCUGUUACACCAACACCAGCCACCAGUAACUACUUAACGGGAUGUUACUCCAAAUUUUGGGAUUUCAUCCAGUCUGGUAUUGCAAUCGGCAUCGUUGUGGGAAUACUAGCAUUUCAGCUGUUGUUGAUAAUUUUAACGUACAUUAUCAUACACUCCUAUCAGAAGGUUGGCAAUACAACGUAAACACUGCCGAUGGCUUCUCACAGAUUAUUGUGAUUGAAUGAAGCGAAACAAUGAACUUAAGCGAAUGGCGACAGCAGUCUGUGAUGUCUUGUAGACUGCUGGCUGUUCUCUGUUUCACCUGUCCAGUGUGUUGCGGUUGUUGUGCCAAGGAUUUGUUUGUGUUGAAAAGUUACAAAUACACCACACUGCACUUAUCAUCAUAAAAGAAAUUGUGUAGAAGAUAACUCCAAAGAUGACAGGAAACAUCACCGUGACAGUCUGCAUGGCAUGGGAGCGUUUAUGUGACGUUUUGAUAGUUCAAAGUUCAGUGAUUUUUAAUUUUGUGAGUGGUCGUCAUCUACCUGUGCACGAAUUCAUGAUAGACACUGUGUGUUUGUGUUUUAAUUACAAAUCACCUAGAUAUAGAGCCUUGAUUUACUUUGGCAAAACAAGUAUAUGGAAUUCUUAUGUAAUGAUUUUUUUUCAUACUCAUCACUGUUUUCAAGUUUCCAAAAAUUUGUAAGUUACAAAAUAAUUUUGUACAUA